AUGACAAGGAAGCAAGCAGAUUGUGACACUUUCCAAAAGCUCGGUGCGUCAAACAUUCGUAACGUAUGUAUAAUUGCUCACGUGGACCACGGCAAAACGUGUCUUGCUGAUUGUCUUAUCUCAUCGAAUGGAUUAAUUUCGACUAGGAUGGCCGGUAAAUUACGUUAUAUGGAUAGUCGUGAGGACGAACAAAUUCGUGGAAUAACGAUGAAAGCUUCGGCAAUCGCUCUUAUGUAUGACAAUAAUAUUAUAAAUUUAAUUGAUAGUCCUGGGCAUGUUGAUUUUUCCGAUGAAGUCUCCUCAGUGUUGCUGUUGUCAGACAUAGCUUUUUUGGUGAUCGAUGUGGUUGAAGGACUUUGCUCACAAACUGAGUUUCUUCUUCGGCAAGCGAUCCAACUAAAUCUGGAAAUAAUUCUUGUUUUCAACAAAAUUGAUCGAUUAGCUGUAGAAAUGAAGCAGACUCCUGCUGAGGCUUUUGCCCACAUACGUUGUUUACUAGAACAAGUCAACAGCUGUAUUAGUCAGAUUAUUUCUGGUGUUUUAAUGGAACAGGAAGAUUGGCAUAGUGUUGAAUGUGCUGAAAAGGGCUUGUAUUUUUCACCAGAGAAUGAAAAUGUUAUUUUUGCUUCAGCUUUGCAUGGUUAUGGAUUUUGUCUAUCAGAUUUCGUCAGAAUUUGGUCCAAGAAAAUUGACAUACCGGAAAAGGACAUAUUAUCAAAACUUUUUACGGAUUCAUAUUUUUCAAAAGGUAUCAUCAAAGAAGGAGCAGAAGGCCUAGGAAAGAAGACUUUGUUUGAGCAGUUCAUUUUGCAACCAUUGUGGGAUGUUCAUAAAUCCAGCCUUAUGGAUGAAGAUCUGCAGAAGCUGAAGACAUUUGCUGAUAAAAUGAAUAUCAAAAUUCAAAGCAAACGGCCAGCGGAAGCAUUCGAUGAAUUUAUGCGUGGUUGGCUUCCUUUGACGACGGCUUGUUUCCGAGCUGUUAUCCUUUCAUCACCUUCAUGCCAGUCCUUCACACAUCCUUGUCGCUUAGCAUCGUUGUCCGUAAACGAAAAUCAUCCUCUCUAUGAAACCGUUAAAGCAUGCGACAGUUCUGCUAUUACUGUUGUUUUUGUUGCUAAAAUACUGCAAUAUGGAGAAACCAUAUUAGCAAUGUGUCGUAUACUUUCUGGAUGUGUUCGGAAAGAGGAUCAAUUGUUUUUAAUUAAUAAUAAGCAUUUAAAUGGAAAUAUCGAAAGGCCAAUGGUAAAUAUUUCCGAAGUUUACCUGCUUAUGGGGCGUGAAAGAAUUGUGGUUAAUCGUGUUAUCGCAGGUAUGGUGUGCGCAAUCGAAUUUUCAAGCGAAAUAUUAGCAACAACUCUUUGUAGCGAAGCAGUUUCGGAAGGAUUGGUUCGCGUUGCACAUGGUGCGAAACCGUUAGUUCGUGUGUCAGUACAACCAGCCGGUGGCUUAGAUGAACUAAAAAGUUUACGAGUUGCUCUGAAGCAACUUAGUGUUUUAGAUUCAAAUAUACGAGUUAUCGAGCAGGAAAAUGGUGAACUAGCUAUGUUUGCUGCAGGAGAAGUUCAUCUCCAGAAAUGUCUCACUGAUUUAUAUGAUAUGGGACAAAGAAAUAUAAAAGUGUCAGAACCAUCAGUACCUUUCUUCGAAACUAUAAUUUCCAUACCUGGAAUGCCCAGCAGUUCAACGCAGCCUGUUGAUUGUAACGUUCGUAGCGGCUUGGCUAAAAUAAAAUUGCGUGCAGCAGCAUUGCCUCGAGAACUUGUUGAAGUUUUGGAGAAAAAUGAAAAUAUCCUACGUGAUUUACGACAAGGAAAAUUUACGCCAGCGGUAGAGAAUUUGCAUAAAAUUCUGCUGGGUGAUUGUGUGAAUUGGCUGAAGGAUUUAAAAGGAAGUUUUUGGUCGAGACAGCGAACUGAGCAACUCAGGCAUUCUAUCAAUAGGAUAUGGACAUUUGGACCAUCGCGAGCUAGGUUUAACAUACUGUUUAAUGCAACGGAUGAUUAUGAUAGGCCAUCUAUAUGGGAAAAAGGUACUUCCAAGUUACGAUGCUUUGAUCAGUCGAUAAUAGCGGGUUUUGACUUGGCAGUAGGAGCAGGUCCGUUAUGUGAAGAACCAAUGUGGGGUACUGCUAUCAUUGUUGAUGAAUGGAUAGUAAAGGAAGUUGAUGAUCCCACAAUGGCUGGUGCCUUAAUAUCUGGGAUGAAGCAGGCAUGCAGAGAAGCGCAGAAAAGGCAUCCACUUCGACUUAUGGCUGCAAUGUACAAAUGUAUUGUGCAAACAAACGCUCAAGCGUUAGGCAAAGUGCAUACAGUCCUUUCUCAAAGGCGAGCAAAGAUACUAAAUGAAGAUAUGAAUCAAGCAAGUGGAUUAUUUGUUGUUGAGGCGCAUUUGCCAGUCAUUGAAAGUUUUUCAUUUUGUGAGCAGCUAAGAAAGAAAACUAGUGGCCUUUCAUCGGGUCAACUGGAAUUUUCACACUGGGAAAUAAUUGGUGAAGAUCCGUUUUGGGAACCUACCACUGAGGACGAGGUUGAGUUGUACGGUAUCAAAGGUGAUGCCAUAAAUCGAGCUCGUGUUUACAUGGAUGCAGUAAGGAAACGAAAGGGCUUAUUAACUGAUGAAUUAAUUGUAAUUAACGCUGAGAAACAACGUACUUUGAAAAGAAAUCGUUGA